AUGACGGACAAUAUUCAAGAUAUGAUAGCUUCUAAAGCCGAAGAAUUGUUUAAUGUAUGCGAUAAGGAACAGAAAGGUUUCAUUAUUAAGAAAGAUAUGCAACGUCUACGGGAUGAUUUGGGUGUUGAACCUGAACAAUUAGAAGAUGUUUUUGAUUCAUUAGAUAUCGAUCAUAAUGGUUUUCUUACACUAGAAGAAUUUACCUCCGGUUUUGGAAUGUUUCUUGGAAAUCAAAUGAAAUGUAGCAAUGAUGAUGAGCAAGAAUUCGUCGGACAUGAAGUCGAUGAGAAAGAAGAGGAGAAACAAGUAUUUCAAGAUGCUUUGGAAACGUUAGGUGCAAAGAAUUUGUAUGAUGAUGAAGAAACAAUCAUGGGAUUGUGGAUGAAAUUACGUGAAACUGAUCCAACGUUACUUCGACAAUUCGAGCAAUUUAUCGGAAAAGUGACUGAAGAGAUCAAACGUUCGAAAUCUGAUCACCGUAGCAUUGAAGCGGCGUUACAGAGUAAAUCGAAUGUAUAUAAUGACGAAAUAAAGAAACUUUAUGACGAAAUGGAACAGCAAAUAAAAACUGAAAAAGCCAAAGUUCUCGAAGAGGAAAAAUUGAAGGAACGUGAAAUUCGCGAGCAAAUGGAAAAAGAACUGCGCAUCAAAGAGCAACAGUUAGCCGAUAUAACAAAAAGUCAGAAAGAACUGGAAUUGAAACUACUUCACACGAAUUUGAAUGAAGCAGAAACGAAGAACGAUAACGAUCGACUACAAAAGGAAAAGAUACAGUUGGAACAACAAUUACAACAGAUCAUUCAAGAUUUAGAAGAUUCAAAACAGUACAUCUCACAAUUACAAAUCCAAACGAAAAGAGAAAAACGUGAUCGUGCAAAACAAACGUUGAGUUUGACAGAAAAUCUUGCCAUUGAACGUGAAAAUUUGGUCAAAGAAUUGGAUACACUCAAAACUUUAAACAAACGAUUGGUUGAUGAACGCGAUAUGCACCACAGUGCUAGUUCGCAAGGACGAGAUUUAUCUCCAACACAUCAUACAUUACGCCGACAGGGUUCGGUUCUGUCAGAUUAUUUUACUUCGCCGCACAGAGGUGAUAGUGAACCUGAAGUAGACGAUGAUGUUGUACUCCCAUCGGACAACGAUGCAGAUUCGAAGCAAAAUCAAGGGUUAGGCAGACGUCAACAACCUCUUGGUGCAAGUUCGGUUUUGCAACAUUCCGAAUUGAUGAAUGUUCCCCAGAAUGCAGUACCCGAUCGAGUGUAUAAAGUAGCUUUUAUCGGUGAUAGUGGAGUCGGAAAAACUAGUAUUAUUCAGCGGUUUUGUACAGAUAGUUUCAGAGAAGCUUUUUCAGCAACGAUCGGUAUCGAUCUUCAAGCAAAAAUGCUUAACAUUGAUAAUCGUAUUAUUGCCUUGCAAUUAUGGGAUACUGCUGGUCAAGAACGAUUUCGGAGUAUAACAAAACAAUAUUUCCGUAAAUCUGAUGGGAUUAUACUUGUCUAUGAUGUUACAUCUGAGACUACAUUUCGUAAUGUUCGAGCAUGGAUGACAAGUAUUCAAGAAUCGACUACUGAAGAUUGUGUGAUAGCACUCGUAGGAAAUAAGAUCGAUCUAUGCAAUGAUGAUGAACGAAGACCAGUGAAAUAUAAAGAUGGAACAAAAUUAGCAGACGAGUAUGGAUGUUUGUUUUUUGAAUGCAGUGCUCGACUGGGAACAUCAGUCAUAGAAAUUAUGGAAGCUAUGACCCGAUUAAUGCAAGAAAAAGAUGAUCAAUUACGUAACAGUGGAAACACGAUUGAUGUCACAUCUAAAACAAAGAAAAGCAGUUGUUGCUAG